AUGGCGUUGCAGCACCGCUUGCUAGACGUUAGGUCCCCGGAGUUCCGGCUUGACUCGGUAGUUGUGUCCCCGUGCCCACUCACCCCGAGUCUUGCUGUUGCUACUGCUGCUGGUGGCUCCUCCAACAACAACUGGUACUUAACCGCCACAUGGGACCUGAGCCUGGUGUUUAUUAACCCUAACCACAUAUUGGGUGUGUCUUACAACAACUUCCGGGCGGGACUCUUGUACGGGGACGAGGAGAAGAACGACAAACUCAUUCUCGCAAUGACGCCAUUGCCUCUUCCACCUUUAACCAAGAUGAGCCAGACCACCAUCAACUUCAGCCUGGCAAUGGUGAGGUCAUAUGUGGGCGAGGACAUGGCAAAUGAAUUACUAAUGGGAGGCGGCAACGGCGGUUGUUAUGGGGCGGCGAGAUUAGGGGUGAAGCUAUUUGGUGAGCUUAUGUUUAUGGUGCCGCCGCAAGGCAGUUUUAGUAGAGAUCUUUGGAGCCAACAACCUGUCAGAACUACGCGAAAACUCUGCAGCCUUUUCCCCCCGCAUUAUAACGGCACAGGACGCAUUGUUAGAUGGAUGAGCAACGAUUUGGGCUGGGAAACGUUCGCGCUUGUAACAACAAAUUGGUCAAAGCAGGUUUGUGCUAAAGGCAUUGACUCAACCACACACAAGCAAUGGAAGCAUGAGAAGAAGUGUGGCCGUCCACUUGGCCUGAGAUUUGACAAAGAGAGUGGAGAUUUUUACAUUGCUGAUGCCUAUUAUGGUCUUUUGGUUGUUGGCCCUCAAGGAGGCCUUGCCACUCCUCUGUCAACCCAAGUGGAAGGGAAGCCUAUUCUUUUUGCAUAUGACCUUGAUAUCCACAAGAAUGGCUCAAUCUUCUUCACUGAUACCAGCAAGAGAUACAACAGAGUGAACCAUUUCUUUAUACUAUUGGAAGGAGAAUCCACUGGCAGGCUUCUGAGAUAUGAUCCUCCCACCCAAACAACUCAUAUUGUCUUGGAAGGUUUGGCUUUUCCAAAUGGGUUGCAGCUUUCUAAGGACCAAACCUUCCUUCUCUUUACUGAGACCACCAACUGCAGGCUAAUGAAAUAUUGGCUAGAGGGUCCUAAAAAUGGGACAGUCGAACUUGUUGCUGACCUUCCAGGUUUUCCAGACAACAUAAGAAUAAAUGAGAAAGGCCAAUUCUGGGUUGCCAUAGAUUGUUGCAGGACCCCAGCACAAGAAGUCCUCUCUCACAAUCCAUGGAUACGAAGUGUCUACUUUCGCUUGCCGAUCCGAAUGACCUACUUAGCGCGAUUUAUGGGGAUGAAGAUGUACACAUUGAUCUCCCUCUUCAAUGAGAAGGGGGAAAUUUUGGAAGUUCUCGAGGAUCAAAAGGGUGCCGUUAUGAAACUUGUGAGUGAAGUUAGGGAAGCAAAGGGCAAGCUGUGGAUUGGAACUGUGGCUCAUAACCACAUUGCCACCAUUCCUUACCCUUAAGAAUCAUUUGGGUCUGUAGAUGAAUAUCUUUGUUGUUCAUACAAGCCUUUUAGCAACAGUAUCUUAAAUGGGUGGCUUGAUUUAUGAUUUGUGUAACAGUAUUGAUAAUUAGAUGAUUUGAGGUUUGUGGCUUUUUAUUAUUA